CUGCCUCCUCCUCCACCUCCACCUCCUCCUGCGAGCGCGAGCCUCCAGCCUCCACCGCUGCACGCGCGCCGCAUCUGGACUCGCGUCUCGUUGUCCUCAUGCUCCUCAUGCGCCUCAUGCGCCGCACCGACACGCCGACUCACCGGGCCGCACCACGCACCGCGCCGCUUUGGAUCCACUCACCCGGGGCCAGCACGCCAUGUCGGAGGUCCGCAAAUUCACCAAGAGGCUGAGCAAACCGGGCACCGCGGCCGAGCUGCGGCAGAGCGUCUCCGAGGCUGUGAGAAGCACCGUGGAGCUGGUGGAGCAGCCGAAGAUCAUCGAGCCGCUGGAUUAUGAGAAUGUGGUGUUCCAGAGGAAAGCCCAGAUCCACAGUGACCCGCACAGAGACCUGCUGCUCUGCCCCGUGGACGAUGUGUCGGAGGCCCAGAUUUCCCGUCAGAGGAGGACCGUGGUUCCCUCGGUGCCGCAGAACGCCGAGAGAGAAGCCAGGAGUCUGUUUGCCAAAGAGUGCAUCAAGAUGUACAACACGGACUGGAACGUCAUCAACUACAAAUAUGAGGCGUACUCGGGAGAUUUCCGCACGCUGCCCACCAAAGGCCUGAAGCCGGACAAGCUGCCGGCCCAAGUGUUCGAGAUGGACGAAGACGCCAAAGACGAGGACACGUCUUCGCUGUGCUCGCAGAGAGGCGGCGUCCUGAAGCAGGGCUGGCUCCAGAAGGCCAACAUCAACAGCAGCCUGUCUGUGUCCAUGAGGGUGUUCAAAAGACGAUACUUCUACCUGUCCCAGCUCCCUGACGGCUCAUACAUCCUCAACUCUUACAAAGACGAGAAGAACUGCAAAGAAACCAAAGGAUCCAUCUAUCUGGACUCGUGCAUCGACGUCAUUCAGAGUCCCAAGAUGCGCCGCAACUGCUUUGAGCUGAAGAUGCAGGAGCGCUACAGUCACUACCUGGCGGCUGACAGCGAGGCGGAGAUGGAGGAGUGGGUGUGCACGCUGAAGCAGGCCCUGAGCAGCGCCGACGGGGGCCCGGACAGGAGGAACGGGGCCGAGGCUCUCGACUGUGCACUGGAUGACGACAGCAGCAGCCAGGGCAAAGGGGACGGGCUGCUGGACAACCUGGGGAGGAGUCUGCACCCGGAGCUCAUGAAGUACGCCCGGGAGACAGACCAGCUCAAUAAGAUCAACAGGAACGAGGGCAGACAGAAGCUGUUCUCUCUAGACCCGGAGACUCAGAGGCUGGACUUCUCUGGGAUCGAGCCGGACGUGAAGCCGUUUGAAGAGCGAUUUGGUCGGCGCAUCAUGGUCAGCUGCCACGACCUGACCUUCAGUCUGCAGGGCUGCGUCAGCGACAAGGGCGACGGCGUUCUCACCAACGUGGAGCCGUUCUUCAUCACCCUGGCGCUGUUCGACGUGUCCAAAAACUGCAAGAUCUCGGCCGACUUCCACGUGGACCUGAACCCGGCGGCCGUGAGGGAGAUGCUGAACGACUCCGGCUCGGGCCAGCUCUCCCGCUCGCCCUCCACGGACUCCUCGGAGACGGGAGGAGGAGGAGGGGAGGCGGCGGCCGUGUUUUUGAACGGCGACUCGGGCGGCAGGGGGAACGGGCUGCCGGUGGUCCAGAGGGCGGCGGAGGCGGUGCUGAGGUUCCCCACGCAGGGAAUCUUCUCCGUGACCCACCCGCACGCCGACAUCUUCCUGGUGGCGCGCGUGGAGAAAGUGCUGCAGAACGGAAUCACCCACUGCGCCGAGCCGUACAUUAAAACGUCCGACAUCACCAAGACGGCUCAGAAGGUCUUCAAAUCCAUCAAGCAGACGUGCCAGCGCCUGGGCCAGUACAGGAUGCCGUUCGCCUGGGCGGCCAAGCAGGUUUUCAAAGACGCUCAGGGCAGUUUGGACAUGGACGGGAAGUUCUCUCCUCUGUAUCGCCAGGACAGCAGUAAAAUCUCCACGGAGGACACGAUGAAGCUGCUGGCCGACAUCAGAAAGCCUGAGAAAAGUAAACUCCAGACCAUCCCCGGACAACUGAAUGUUACUAUCGAAUGUGUUCCUCCGGAUUUCUCAAACACGGUCACGUCGUCGUACAUCCCCGUGAAGCCGUUCGAGGACAGCUGUGAGCGCGUCUCCGUGGAGGUCGAGGAGUUUCUGUCCCAAGAGGCGAAAUACAACUGCCCCUUCACCACCUACAAGAACCAGCUGUACGUGUACCCGCUGCAGCUCAAGUACGACAACCAGAAGACGUUCACCAAGGCCAGAAACAUUGCCGUGUGUAUCCAGUUCAGAGACUCGGAUGAAGAAGGAGCAAGCCCGUUAAAGUGCAUCUACGGAAAGCCGGGGGACUCGCUCUUCACCAGCGGAGCUUACGCAGCCGUUCUGCACCACAACCAGAGCCCCGAGUUCUACGACGAGAUCAAAGUUGAACUGCCAGUCCACGUGCACGAGAAACACCACAUCCUCUUCACCUUCUACCACAUCAGCUGUGAGUCCAGCAGUAAGACCAGCAGCAAGAAGAGAGAAGGGGUGGAGACUCUGGUGGGCUACUCGUGGAUGCCUUUACUCCGAGAUGGAAGGAUGAAGUCUGUGGAAGUGCAGUUACCCGUCGCAGCCACUCUACCUCCGGGAUACCUGGGCCACGACUCUAAGAAGUCCCAGCCCGACGUGAAAUGGGUGGAAAACGCCAAAACCCUUUUCAAAGUCAGAACUCACGUCGCCUCCACCAUCUACGCUCAGGACUUGCAUCUCCAUAACUUUUUCCAACACUGCCAGCUGAUGAGGUCGACUUCUGAGGGCAGCCCUGCAGAUCUGAUCAAAUACCUGAAGUGCCUUCAUGCCAUGGAGACGCACGUGAUGAUCCACUUCCUGCCCACGGUGCUAAUGCAGCUGUUCGAGGUGCUCACCACAGCGACCAAAGAGGCCCAGGAGACGGCCGUCAACUCUCUGCGGGUGAUUAUUCAUAUAGUGUCCAAAUGCCACGAGGAAGGCGUGGAGCACUACCUGCGCUCGUUUGUCAAGUACGUCUUUGUGACCAGCUCGUGUUCCGGGAGCUCGAGCAGCACUCACGAGGUUUUGGCCACCGCCGUCACCGCCGUCCUGAAGCAAACCGCCGACUUCAACACCAUCAACAAACUGCUCAAGUACUCUUGGUUCUUCUUUGAGACUAUGGCAAAGUCGAUGGCUCAGUAUCUGCAAGAGGGAAACCGCAUGAAGAUGCCCCGGACUCAGCGGUUCCCGGAGAGCUACCACCAGGCCCUGCAGUCCCUGAUCCUGUCCAUCAUGCCCCACAUCACCAUCCGGCAUCUGGAGAUCCCGGAGGAGGCGCGCGCCGUCAACAUCAGCCUCGCCAACUUCAUCAAGAGGUGCCUGACUUUGAUGAACAGAGGAUUUGGCUUUGCUCUGGUCAAUCACUACAUGUGUCACUUCACCCUCAAGGAUCCGAAGCUGCUGUCGGAGAUGAAAUUUGAAUUCCUCAUGACCGUCUGCAACCACGAGCAUUUCAUCCCGCUGAACCUGCCCAUGGCGUUUGGGCGCACCAAGCUGCAGAGGGUGCAAGAUUUAAUUCCAUAUGCGACGGAGCUUUUUGGGCCAGUAGUAGAGCAGAGUCUGGAGUACAACCUGACGGAGGAGUUCUGCAGAAAUCACUUCCUGGUGGGUCUGCUGCUGAGGGAGGUGGCCGAGGCCCUGCAGCAGGCCCCCGAGGUCCGGCAGCUUUCUGUGAGCGUGAUGAAGAACCUGCUCAUCAAACACGCCAUGGACGACCGCUACACCGCCUUCAAGAACCAACAGGCGAGGAUCUGUCUCCUGUACCUGCCGCUGGUGGAGCUGUUGUACCAGAACCUGAAGCAGCUCUCAGCUCAGCCGUACAACUCCAGCCCCGGACUCAACGGCUCCAGAGACGACCUGAUCUCCACCGGUUCCUCCGACAGCAGGAGAAUCAGCUCGGUUGUGGACCACGGAGCGAUGACUCUGAACGGACACGUGAGACGAGAGGACUCCAGAGGAUCACUGUUCAUGGACCCGGGAACUCCAGACAAUGAGCUGCAGAGGCGAGGUUCCACCAUGAGCUGCAGUGCGGCGCCCCCUGUGGGCAGACUGGGCGUGUACGAGAUCAAGGGUCUUCUCCUCUGCUUCCUGCACAUCGCCAAGACCCUGUCAGAAGAUACUCUGAUGGCCUACUGGAACAAAAUCAACCCGCAAGAUGUUAUGAACUUUCUCAGUUUGCUGGAGGUUUGUGUCGUUCAGUUUCGAUAUCUGGGGAAAAGGAACAUUGGCCGGGGUCAGGACGUGUGUUUGUCGAAGCUGUUUUCUUCGGAGAGAAAGUCCCAGACGAUGCCGGUCAUGCGCUGUAACAGAGCGAGCCUCAUGCAAACCAAGAUCAACCAGUUUAUGGAAGCGUCCCUCACUCUCAACAUGGGCAGUGGUCUGUCUGAAGCAGAGGUGCAUCAUCAGGCUCUGCUGGAGGGGAACAUGGCGGUGGAGGUGUGUCUGAGCGUGCUGGACGUGCUCGCUCUCUUCACGCAGUGUUUCAAGACUCAGCUGCUGGAAAACGACGGUCACAACGCGCUCAUGAAGAAAGUGUUCGACGUCUACCUCACGUUUCUCCGCGUCGGCCAAUCGGAGGCGGCCGUCAGACACGUGUUCGCCGCCCUCAGAGCUUUCAUCAACAAGUUUCCGCUGGUGCUGUUCAAAGGCCGCGUGACUCUGUGUGAGGCUCUGUGCUGCGAGGUGCUCAAGUGCUGCGUCUCCAAACUGGCGCUGCUCAGGGCCGAGUCGUCCGCUCUGCUCUACCUGCUCAUGAGGAACAACUACGAGUACACCAAGAGGAAGACCUUCCUCCGCACGCACCUGCAGAUCAUCAUCGCGGUGAGUCAGCUGAUCUCGGACGUGGCGCUCACCGGCAGCUCCCGCUUCCAGGAAUCUCUCUCCAUCAUCAACAACUUUGCCAACAGCGACAAGGCCAUGAAGUCCACAGCGUUCCCGUCGGAGGUGAAGGGCCUGACCAAGCGGAUCCGCACGGUGCUGAUGGCCACGGCGCAGAUGAAGGAGCACGAGAAGGACCCCGAGAUGCUCCUGGACCUGCAGUACAGCCUGGCCCGGUCCUACGCCAGCACGCCCGAGCUCAGGAGGACGUGGCUCGACAGCAUGGCCCGGGCGCACCUCAAGAACGGAGACCUGUCCGAGGCCGCUAUGUGCUACGUCCACAUCGCCGCUCUGGUCGCCGAAUACCUGCACAGAAAAAAGCUGUUCCCCAGUGGACUCGCAGCUUUUAAGAAGAUCACGUUUAACAUCGACGAGGAGGCAGCGAUGAAGGAAGACACCGGCAUGCAGGACGUCUACUACUCUGAGGAGGUGCUGGUGGAACAUCUGGAGGUGUGUGUGGAGGCGCUGUGGAAAGCCGAACGCUAUGAGCUCAUCACGCACAUCGCCAAACUCCUCAUUCCCAUUUAUGAGAAACGACACGACUACGAGAAACUGAGCCGCCUGUACGACACCCUCCACCGAGCCUACAACAAGAUCCUGGAGGUGAUCCAGUCCGGGCGCCGGCUCCUGGGGACCUACUUCAGAGUGGCCUUCUACGGACAGGGUUUUUUCGAGGAGGAGGACGGUAAAGAAUACAUUUACAAAGAGCCAAAGCUGACGGGUUUGUCCGAGAUCUCCCAGAGGCUCCUGACGCUCUACGGAGAAAAGUUUGGGCCUGAAAACGUCAAGAUCAUUCAGGACUCGAAUAAGGUCAACCCCAAAGACCUGGACCCGAAGUUCGCGUACGUGCAGGUGACGUUCGUGAAGCCGUACUUCGAGGAGAAGGAGGCUCCGGAGAAGAAGACGGACUUUGAAAAAUGUCACAAUAUAAACCGUUUUGUGUUCGAGUCGCCGUACACGCUGUCGGGGAAGAAGCACGGAGGAGUGGAGGAGCAGUGCAAGAAGAGGAUCAUACUCACAACGGCGAGCACUUUCCCGUACGUGAAGAAGCGCGUGGAGGUGGUGGGCGAGAAGCAGGUGGACCUCAAACCCGUGGACGUGGCCAUCGACGAGAUGAAGGCUCGAACCGCCGAACUCACCAAACUCUGCUCCAGCCAGGAGGUCGACAUGAUCCAGCUCCAGCUCAAACUGCAGGGCUGCGUCUCCGUCCAGGUGAACGCAGGUCCCAUGGCGUACGCUCGAGUCUUCCUGGACGACACGAAGUCAGGUCACUCCGGGAACAAGAAGGUCAAAGAGCUCAAGGAUAUUUUCAGGCGUUUCGUGGAGGCCUGCAGCGUGGCCCUGGACAUCAACGAGCGUCUGAUCAAAGAGGAUCAGUUCGAGUAUCACGAGGGCCUCAAGUCCAACUUCAAAGAGAUGGUGAAAGAGCUGUCGGAGAUCAUCCACGAGCAGAUCUACCAGGAGGACAUGCUCCGCUCGCUGCUGCACAACUCCCUCCACGUGUUCCGGGUCAUCAGCGGCACCGACCUGGGCUGAAGUCCGAAGCUCUCGUCUCCGGCCGCAGCGUUUUUUUUUUUUUUUUGUUUUUUUUUAAGAUCGCAGCAUCAAACGAGCGAAGAAUGUCCCCGGCUGAAGGUGUGACUCAGGGCGACGCUGCACUUUUCCUGCCUCUCCAUGACGACGGAAAAAAACAAAAACAAAACUGUGGUGGUAAAUCGUUUUAGGAUCUAUGCAACGUGCCUCUCGCUGGAUUUCAAACUGUUCUUCCGCGUCUUGACGAAGCUCUUGCGAAGUUUGGUCCGACCCCGGCGCUCCACGGUUAAUGAUAAACGCAUUAAAGGUUGUACGGGGGAUUUUUUUUUUAAGUUUCAAAUUGUCAUUGAAAGUUUAAAAUGCCGUUUCAGAGACGCAGCAGCCUUGUAAUUAUGAUGACCGAAAAGAAAAAAAGAAUGAAAAUGUAUCAACUGUGGACGUAGUGAGGCUAGAGAAACAUCAGCCAAUAGACAACGAGGCUGCCUCAUUUUCUAUUGGCUGUUAGGUCGUCAAUCAAACUCCCUACGUUUCUAGUGUAACUGACUCGUCGGCGCGCGGGGAUUAAGAUAAGAUAAGAUAAGAUAAUUCUUUAUUGUCUCCCAUGGGAGAAAUUUGUCUUGGGACAGGGAGUAACAUGUUUUAUCAAAAAACAGGACGACACAACACAAAGCAGCACAUAAACAAACACCAUAAAACAAAGUAAAUAUGAGACCAGUAUGACCACGAGUGAUGCACCAACAGGACCCUUAAAUUAUC